UCUGCCCGGAAGCGAGUGCAGCGCUGGGAAAGAUGGCGGCGGCGGCGGCGGCUGUGGGCAAUUCGGUGCCCUGUGGGGCCCGGCCUUGCGGGGUCCGGCCCGGUGGGCAGCCCAAGCCCGGACCGCAGCCGCGCACGCCCCUUACCGCCGGGGCGGCACUCAUAGCGAGCGGCGACGAGCUGGUCGCCGCCGUGUGGCCGUACCGGCGGCUGGCGCUGGUGCGGCGCCUCACGGUGCUGCCAUUCGCGGGGUUGCUGUACCCGGCCUGGAUAGGCGCCGCAGCUGCCGGCUGCUGGGGUUGGGGUAGCACCUGGGCGCAGAUCCCUGAAGCCGCGCUGCUCGUGCUCGCCACCAUCUGUCUUGCGCACGCGCUCACUGUCCUUUCGGGACAUUGGUCUGUCCACGCUUACUGCGCGCUCACCUGCAGCCGGGAGUAUGACCCCAGCAAAGCGACCUUUGUGAAGGUGGUACCAACCCCCAAUAAUGGCUCCACUGAACUUGUGGCCCUGCACCGUGAUGAGGACGAAGACGGGCUUGAAGUGCUGUCCUUUGAAUUCCAGAAGAUCAAGUAUUCCUAUGAUGCCCUCGAGAAGAAGCAAUUCCUCCCUGUGGCCUUUCCCACAGGAAAUGCCUUCUCAUACUAUCAAGGCAACAGAGGGUUCCAGGAAGACUCAGAGAUCCGAGCAGCUGAGAAGAAAUUUGGGAACAACAAGGCCGAGAUGGUGGUACCUGACUUCUCAGAGCUUUUCAAGGAGAGAGCCACAGCCCCGUUCUUUGUUUUUCAGGUGUUCUGUGUUGGACUCUGGUGCCUGGACGAGUACUGGUACUACAGCGUCUUCACACUGUCCAUGCUUGUGGCAUUUGAGGCCUCUCUGGUGCAGCAGCAAAUGCGGAACAUGUCAGAGAUCCGAAAGAUGGGCAAUAAGCCCCACAUGAUCCAGGUCUACCGAAGCCGCAAGUGGAGGCCUGUUGCCAGUGAUGAGAUUGUUCCUGGGGACAUUGUCUCCAUUGGCCGCUCCCCACAGGAGAACCUGGUGCCAUGUGAUGUGCUGCUGCUGCGGGGCCGCUGCAUCGUGGAUGAGGCCAUGCUCACAGGGGAAUCAGUACCACAGAUGAAGGAGCCCAUCGAAGACCUCAGCCCAGAUCGGGUGCUGGACCUCCAAGCUGACUCCCGGCUCCAUGUCAUCUUUGGGGGCACUAAGGUGGUGCAGCACAUACCCCCUCAGAAGGCUACCACGGGCCUGAAGCCGGUUGACAACGGGUGUGUGGCCUACGUCCUGAGGACCGGAUUCAACACGUCCCAGGGCAAACUGCUGCGCACAAUCCUCUUUGGUGUCAAGAGGGUGACUGCAAACAACCUGGAGACCUUUAUUUUCAUUCUCUUCCUCCUGGUGUUUGCCAUUGCUGCAGCUGCCUAUGUGUGGAUUGAAGGCCCUGUCUCUGCAGGCACCAAGGACCCCAGCCGGAACCGCUACAAGCUCUUUCUAGAGUGCACCCUGAUCCUCACCUCAGUUGUGCCCCCUGAGCUGCCCAUUGAGCUAUCCCUGGCUGUCAAUACUUCCCUCAUUGCUCUGGCCAAACUCUACAUGUACUGUACCGAGCCCUUCCGCAUCCCCUUUGCUGGGAAGGUUGAGGUGUGCUGCUUUGACAAGACAGGAACCUUGACCAGUGACAGCUUGGUGGUACGCGGUGUGGCUGGACUGAGAGAUGGGAAGGAGAUGACACCUGUGUCUAGCAUCCCAGUAGAAACACACCGAGCCCUGGCCUCCUGCCACUCUCUCAUGCAGCUUGAUGACGGCACCCUCGUGGGUGACCCCCUUGAGAAGGCCAUGCUGACAGCUGUGGACUGGACUCUGACCAAAGAUGAGAAAGUAUUCCCCCGAAGUAUUAAAACUCAGGGGCUGAAAAUUCACCAGCGCUUUCAUUUUGCCAGUGCCCUGAAGCGAAUGUCCGUGCUCGCCUCAUAUGAGAAGCUGGGCUCCACUGACCUCUGCUACAUCGCUGCUGUGAAGGGGGCCCCAGAAACCCUGCAUUCCAUGUUUGCUCAGUGCCCUCCUGACUACCACCACAUCCACACUGAGAUCUCCCGGGAAGGAGCCCGUGUCCUGGCGCUGGGAUACAAAGAGCUGGGGCACCUCACCCACCAACAGGCCCGGGAAGUCAAGCGGGAGUCACUGGAAUGUGGCCUCAAGUUCGUAGGCUUCAUCGUGGUCUCCUGUCCACUCAAGGCUGACUCCAAAGCCGUGAUCAGAGAGAUCCAGAAUGCCUCUCACCGGGUGGUUAUGAUCACAGGAGACAAUCCGCUCACUGCCUGCCACGUGGCCCAGGAGCUCCAUUUCAUUGAUAAGGCCCACACGCUGAUCUUACAGCCUCCCUCCGAGAAAGGCCGACCAUGUGAGUGGUGCUCCAUCGAUGGCAGUAUUGUCCUACCCCUGGCCCAGGGCUCCCCCAAGGCCCUGGCCCUGGAGCAUGCACUAUGUCUCACGGGUGAUGGCCUGGCCUACCUGCAGGCAGCUGACCCCCAACAGCUGCUCCACCUCAUCCCUCAUGUGCAGGUAUUCGCCCGUGUGGCCCCUAAGCAGAAGGAGUUCGUCAUCACUAGCCUGAAGGAGCUGGGUUAUGUGACCCUCAUGUGUGGGGACGGCACCAAUGAUGUGGGCGCCCUGAAGCACGCUGACGUGGGUGUGGCACUCCUGGCCAAUGCCCCUGAGCGUGUAAUUGAGCGGCGACGGCGGCCCCGGGAUAGCCCAACUCUGAACAACAGUGGCAUCAGGGCUACCUCCAGGAUAGCCAGGAAGUCGGGGCUCCCACCUCCUGAGGAGCAGCCAGCCUCCCAAAGGGAUCGCCUGAGCCAGGUGCUUCGGGAUCUCGAGGAUGAGAGCACACCUAUCGUAAAGCUGGGGGAUGCCAGCAUUGCCGCACCCUUUACCUCCAAGCUCUCAUCCAUCCAGUGCAUCUGCCACGUAAUCAAGCAAGGCCGCUGCACACUCGUGACCACACUGCAGAUGUUCAAGAUUCUGGCACUCAACGCCCUCAUCCUGGCUUACAGCCAGAGCGUCCUCUACUUGGAGGGAGUCAAGUUCAGUGACUUCCAGGCCACUCUACAGGGGCUGCUGCUGGCUGGCUGCUUUCUCUUCAUCUCUCGUUCCAAGCCCCUCAAGACUCUCUCCCAGGAGCGUCCCCUACCCAACAUCUUCAAUCUGUACACGAUCCUCACUGUAAUGUUCCAGUUCUUCGUGCACUUCCUGGGCCUCGUCUACCUGUACAGAGAAGCCCAGGCCCGGAGUCCUGAGAAGCAAGAGCAAUUUGUGGAUUUGUACAAGGAGUUUGAGCCAAGCCUUGUCAACAGCACCGUGUACAUAAUGGCCAUGGCCAUGCAGAUGGCCACCUUUGCCAUCAACUACAAGGUGAGGCCUGGCUCCCCGCCCCCAGCACACCCCAUCUGCCCAGCAAGCACCCACCACAUGCAGCUGGCUAUCCAUCCCUGCAGGGCCCGCCCUUCAUGGAGAGCCUUCCCGAGAACAAGCCCCUGGUAUGGAGUCUGGCAGUGUCACUCCUGGCCAUCAUUGGCCUGCUCCUUGGCUCCUCACCUGACUUCAACAGUCAGUUUGGCCUCGUGGACAUCCCUGUGGAGUUCAAGCUGGUCAUCGCCCAGGUCCUGCUCCUGGACUUCUGCCUGGCGCUCCUGGCUGACCGUGUCCUUCAGUUCUUCCUGGGGACCCCGAAGCUGAAAGUGCCUUCUUGAGACGGUGGUGCUGGCACCCAUGCUUGCUCUGGCUGCCACCAGGCGGGAACCUGCCAGGCCCCCAGGAGGGAACACUGCCCCUCACCCCCCAUGGCAAGGCCAUGUAGCCUUGUCUUUGGAAGACUGAGCUGUGACCUCCACAGCACUCCGCUAGCCUGGCAAAUGGAACAGCUCUGGGCUAGCACCUUUGGUAAAUAAAGAAGCAUCUGAGAUUUUAA